AUGGAGAUUAACCAGAAGUCCCAUAAGCCCACCCUCUUCCUAUCUCUCUUUCUAAUCCUCCUUUCUUCAUCCUCUGUCUUUCUUGCUCAUGCAUUGUCUCCUGCUGGAACAAUCGACAGAACUGUAAAGCAACAAAUCCUCACAAGCCUCCCUCCAGAACCAGCAGUACCUUCUGGUUCAUCUCAACUAUUCUUGAUCUCUCCUUUGGGGAAAUACGCCGCCUUCCUUCUUCGCCGACCAACUAUGCUCGGUGCCGGAGGCUUUGGCAAUGAUUUCUGUUACAUUCAAGUCCAGGAAGCAGGGCAGAGUGUAUGGGAAUCGGAUUGUGCUCCAGUGAGCAGUGGAAACACAUGUAGCUUAGUGUUCGACGAUAUGGGUCUUGAGAUUUUUGAUGGUAGCAGUUCAAUGUGGAACACAGAUGCAGAUGCUGACAACUUUCUUGAGACAUUGGAGUUGGUAGACACUGGUGAUAUGAGGUUGAGGGACAAAUAUGGGAACUUGGCAUGGAAGGCUAGUGAUACCCCACAGGCUAACCAGAAUUGUGGGUCAAUGGGGUCUCCUGGUUUGGCUCCUGAGACUCCUCCAUUUGCUAAGCCUGUUGAGAAUAAUGCUCCAUUUGGGCAGUCUGUGCCAGUCCAACAGCAGCAGCAGCAGCAGCAGCUCCCAGUCCCAGUUGGUUUGGGCCCUGUGGGUGUUGGUGUGGGUGUGGGAGGAGUAGGAGCUCCUCUGUCACAGCCAUCACAAGGACAAAUGGGUGUUCAAGAACUGCCUCAACCUCAAUAUGGCCUAAGCCAGCCACCAGUUUCAGGAGCAUUUAACCAGCCAUUCUCAUAUUUGAACCAACCUGCACAGCCUUUUGGUGGAGGGUCUAGUUACCAAAGACAACCCCUUGUGGACAACAAUCCUUUUGACAGUGGGUCAUCAGGGAAUUUGCCAUUCAAGUUUGGUGUUGCUUUGGUUUCUCUUGCUACUCUGAUGGUUUAUUGUGGUUUUCUUCUGUGA